AUGUUGAUACAAGUUGAAAAGAAGGAUGUGGAACACAUCGCUCCCAGUAAUACUUUGGACGCUAAAGGAAAGCCCAAAUCGUGGCGAAAUUACAUUUGGGAUUCACUCGACAAAUCUCCCGAGGAACGUAAAUUGCUCUUUAAAGCAGACCUCAUCAUCCUUACUGCAGGAUGCUUGGGUACAUUCAUCAAAUGGAUGGACAGGGCAAACCUCAACUCAGCUUUCGUCAGUGGCAUGAAAGAGGACCUCAGUUUGUACGGCAACGAGUUGAACUACGCGCAAACGGUGUACUCUGUCGCAUGUCUGUUGGCGGUCAUGCCUGUCCAGAUGCUGUUGACUCGAGUUCAACCUCGAAUAUUAAUCCCAUCGAUCGAGCUUGCCUGGACCAUAGUCACCUUUUGCCACUCCAAGAUGAAUUCUGCCAUGCAGAUGUACGUUCUUCGAGCAUUACUGGGUAUCUUUGAGACUGGUCAUUUCUCGGCAGUCGUUUACCUCGCUGGUGGGUGGUAUACCAAGAAUGAGUUGGGUCGACGCCUUGCAAUCAUCAACAUGGCAACUUCCGCUGGGCCCAUGUUUGGCUCUUUCCUCCAAGCUGCGGUGUACAAUGGGCUGAACGGUCGCAACGGCUUGAAAGGUUGGGAAUGGCUAUUUAUCAUCGACGGCAUCAUCUCCCUCGUCAUCACUCUUCCCCAAUUUUUGCUUCUACCCGAUCUCCCUGCCAGGCAACAGCCCAACUUCAUCUUUGAUGAAGCAAGCAUAGAACUCGCUCGCGAUCGUAACUCCAGAGAAGGGAGGGUUCGACAAGGCAGAUUCACAUUGGCACAGAUCAAGAGUUGGCUAGUGCGACCAGAGCUAUAUAUGCUUUGGGGACUUUCCGUGUUCAAUUCAAUCGGAUACAAGCCUUCAGAUUCUCUGGCUCUCUGGCUCAAGGCGUGGAACACAAAGGAAAAAGGUUCCUUUACAGUCCCUCAGAUAAACAACUAUGCUGCAGGGCUCCCAGCGGUGAUAAUCGUGCAAGCGCUCACCGGGGCAUGGGCCUCGGAUACCAUCUUCCGCGGCCGAAGAUGGCCUACUAUUGUUAUUUGCGGCACUGUUAAUGGGAUCGCUCUAGUGAUCCUGGCUGCUACUGAGGUCUUCCCCAAACACAGAGCAGGCCGGUGGUUUUUGUAUUACCUUACUGGUACUCUUCAGUCCACCUCGUCAAUGUUCUGGGCCUGGACACAAGAGACAUUUUCGGGUGAUCCAGGCGCACGAGCUUUUGCUUCGGGUAUGGAUAACACUCUGGCAUACCUUGUCACUGCGACUGUGCCUCUUGCGGUGUUCCAAGUCAAAGAUCAACCAGCAAUCGUCAGUGGUAACUGGACAGCAGCAGGUGAGUAUCGUCGUUUACUAUUCUGCUACUUCGCUGACAGCCUUUGUCCAGCGUGCUGUUUUGCAUCGCCCAUAACGGCCCUGUGUUUGGCAUAUUACCAGCGAAGAAAGCGAGUCGAUGGCGACAUCGAUGAUAUACCGGAUUCCGAGACGGUUUCAGCAAGCUAUGAAGAUCCAGACCAGAAAGAUACAAUCGAGGACAACGACUCCAGGAGGCAGGAAAUAGAUCUACCGAUACUCCAGGAGAGCAAGGGGAGUAAGUGA